GUUCCGUGUCAUGAGGUUGGUGAAGCUGUUGUCCAAAGGCGAAGGCAUCCGCACGCUGCUCUGGACCUUCGUCAAGUCCUUCCAGGCCUUGCCCUACGUCGCGCUGCUCAUCGCCAUGAUCUUCUUCAUCUACGCCGUCAUUGGCAUGCAGACCUUUGGGAAGGUGGCCCUGCAGGAUGGAACCCAGAUCAACCGUAACAACAACUUCCAGACCUUCCCCCAAGCCGUGCUGCUGCUCUUCAGGUGGGGCUGGGGGUUCCUGGGGGGUCUAGGGGGUUUUUAUAGGGCCCCUAUGGGAACUCUGGGUCACUGCACCGUUCCUAUAGGGACCCUGUGAGGAUCUGGGGGUCCCAUCAGGCCCCUGUGGGGACUGUAGGUCACUGCACUGUUCCUAUAGGGUUCCUAUGAGGGUCUGGGGGUCACUGGAUGGUUCUGUGGGAUCUCUGGGUUCUAUAGGGUCCCUAUGAGGGUCUGGGUGUCACUGGAUGGUUCUAUGGGAUUUCUGGGUCCUAUAGAGUCUCUAUGAGGGUCUGGGGGUCACUGGAUGGUUCUAUGGGAUCUCUGGGUCCUAUAGGGCCCCUAUGAGGAUCUGGGUGUCACUGGAUGGUUCUGUGGGGUCUCUGAGUUCUAUAGGGCCCCUAUGAGGGUCUGGGUGUCACUGGAUGGUU